AUGACGACCUGCGAUCUGUUCUCCAAAAAAAUCUCUGUCUUUUGUAAAUUCAGAAGAAACAUUUUCAACACCAUUAGCCGAAAUGACGAGACCCCAAAUUUGAACACUAUUCAUUUGAGCACGUGUGCUGAUGGGGAGGGCUACGCAGGGGAGGACCAAACGAACAAAUGUGACGAAGCACACCUAUGCAAUGAAGAACACAUCCCAUACAAUUUGAUACGAGAAAAACACCUCUAUGGAGUUAAUUUGAAUGUCGAUAUAUAUCUCCUCAAAAAUUAUAACAUUGUAUUUUUUCUGCACAACGUAAUUAACAUUUACAACCCUGUAAUAAAAUCGUUGAAAACCCUUUUUACGAAGAAUGAUUACGUCAUCACUUGCUCGUUUCUGCAUGGGGACUCCCUCAUAGUGGUCCUGUAUGGAUCCGCCCGCUGUUCAUGCAUACAAAUAUAUUGCACGGAAAGACAAAUCCUGAAAGAAGAAAUAAAAUUAAAUGAUCACGACUUUUACGAAAAAAUUUUUGUUCAGAAGGAAAAUAACUACUUGGUGUUGAUAACGAAUAAACGGGUUCUAAAGGUUCUGGAUUCAGAAAAAAAAACUUUUAUUUUAAACAUGUACCUGCAUCUGGAAUAUUGUAACAUUGCACAGUACUACGAUUUUUUUUUAAUUUUGAGGAAAAGGAAGCUGUAUUUGUGGAACUUGGAGCAGACUUACACGGGUCUUAAAAUGAAAGAGAAGAAUCUGGAGGUUGACCCAACGUUGCACGUGAACUGCUUUGGGUUUUGCGAGAGGAACAUUCUGAUCGGGGCGUCCGACGGAAGACUCAUCCUACUAAAGGACCUCGUGGAAAAAUGGACAAUCAAAAAUGAAAAAGGAGAUGUUCACUUCCACAAGAACAUUUGCUACGUACAUUACUACGAUGGGUACAUCACUACCAAGGACGGGGACUCGCUCAAAUUAUGGGCCUGCCAAUUCAACCCAGCGAAACUUCCCACAGAGAAAGAACUGAUCAUGAAACUGGAAAAAGACAUGUGUGUUCAAAUCAACAUAAGCAAAAUAAUUCCUCAUGAAAAGUUUUUCCUCCUAAUUGACAAAAAAAACUGUGCCAUAUAUUCUUCAAAAAAAAAUAACUACAAUGAUCUAAGCACAUUUUUUUACACACAUAAUAGCAAAAUAAAAAAUAUUUUCUCGUGGAAAAAUCAUAUCUUCAGCUUUAGCUACAAUGGGAAAAUUUUUAAUUACCAACUGGAUGAAAAAAAAGUAGAACGAAAUUAUUGUCUUCAUAAAUUUAGAGACUUCAUUACCUGUGUAAAAUACCUGUACAGCGAAAAUGAUUUUUUCUUUUUCUGCAUUGGCUUUAAUAAUGGGGUUAUAUACAUAGUUAAAAUGAAACACCUCUUUGUUGACGUUGUGACAUGUGUAAAGACGAGCAACAAUUCAAUUAUUCACAUUGAGGAAAGUGAAAAUUGCCAAUACAUAUGUGUCAUUGCGCAGGAGGAAGAGUACGUUUUUUUUUUGUGCAAAGAGGAGAAUGUGUUUAAGCCACUGGGAUAUUUGAAGAUUUGUGAAGCGGAGUUGAGGGGCUCUUUCUAUUUGCCCUCCACUCGCUCGUUUUACGUCUUGGGGGCGCACAACCUGCUCUUCCGGCAAUGUGCGCAGUCGCCGCUAGCCUCGCCGCUAGCCUCGCCUCUAACCCCGCCCACCGCGGACAACCCGUACGACCUGCAUGUCGAGUAUGAAAUCCUCGAGGUGCAGUUCAACUCCACGGAGGAGGAGGCCCGCCUGUACAACCCCAGCGGGAGGAGAAGCGGAGGCAGCAGUGCCGUGCUGGACAGAACAAGCAGCCACACGACCGAAUGCAGCGACAGCGAGCGAGAAGAGUCCCCACUCAACAGCUCGGCCAGCGACAUAUCGGAAGGGGAGUACGACAAAAUGAACUUCUACAGAAAUAAAAUGAGCCUCACUAGAAACUCAGAGGAAGAGACGGAGGAAAAACAAAACUCCAUGCAAAUGUGCAUGUUUAAUAAGAAGAGGAAGAAUUUACAAAAAUAUGUGGAGACGCUAUUUAGUGAAUCCGUGAUGAACAAAUUGGAAAAAAGACGAAAAAAAUAUCCCACGUGUUUGAGCAUAAAUUUGGAGAGAGACAAAAGGAAGGAAGAAGAAAAAGAAAACGCAGAGGAAGAAAAAAAAAAUAAAAAAAAUAAAUUAAACACAGGGAAAAGUCUCGAAAUGAAUAUUUCUUGUAUAGCCAAAAUGAAUGAUAAUGGGUUUGUGUUAACAACUGAGGGGAUAAAAAAUAAUUGCAUUUUUUUCUUACACCUUAAUGGAAGAAGCAGUGGAAGAUACAGAAUGGACAGCGGUCGAAGAAAGACCAUUUUGCGCCCAACUGUGGUGUACAAAAUUAGCCGCAAAAUUUUCCCUGAAAGGGUAUCCAUAGUUAGCAUGACAGUGAAUGAAGCAAACCACCUUCUCUUCUGCUUAACAAAUCACAAUACCAUUUUUAUCUUUUCCACAAAAUAUUUUUUUUUAUAUUAUCAAGUGAACAUUCCUUUGUAUGAAAAGGUCCGGAACAUUUAUGUAAAUGAAGGGGAAAAUAAAAGACAAUACAUUUUUGUUAGUCUUGGAAAUAAUUAUAUAAAAUUGGACAUUCAUUUUUUCUUCGUGCACCUGUUUAAUGUGUUAAAGAGAUAUCAUGUGAGUGCGCAUCGGUGGGUACAACGCUUCGGAAGAGAUACACAAAUGGAAAAGUCCGCUUGUUCAGAAAUGCCACACGUAAACAUGGACUCGUUAUACCAAUUUUUAAUUGAAGAAAUUCAUGACUACAUUGUUGAACAAUUUGUGAAAAAAAAAAAAAAAAAAAAAAAUAUUAUUCCUUUCACGUUGGAAAAUAUACACUCUGAUGUAGCGUUCCUCAUGCAGCUUUGCAAAAAUGAGCAACGACCGGAGGGGGAAUUAUCCGGGCGCAACAAUGACACCAUCACAACGGGGGAGCAGACAAUAACAGACAAUCGUGAAGAUGGUAGGGGACACGCUGAACGUAAUGAUAUCAUGGACAUUUGGAACUUCAUUCAAAAUAACACUAAAGCGGAGGAAGAGGAAAAGGACAAAAUGGAACAGCAGAAAAAAAAAAUAAAUCUUAUUUUAAAUUAUGAUCAACGUAACAUGAUUAAUAUAUUUAACACAAAUGACGUGGUCCAAGAUGAAGACAUUCUCUACAGUUUACGAGAAAUGAAAGAAGCAAAGGAAAAUGAAGAAAAUGUAAAGAGGGCACUUUUACAUAAAAAAAAUAUGAACAUGAAAAUUAACAAAUUAAAAAAAAAAUAUAUGAAAUUUUUUAAAAAAAAAAAAUUUCUCAUCGAUGUAGACAUGUCCAAAAGGAUAUACAAAAAUCUCAAACACAAAAUAAAAGAAUAUGAACAAGUCUUUGUGUACAACCAAAGACAAUAUGAUGAAAGAAUUCGGUAUCUUAUGCGGACGUAUGAGCGAUUGAAAUUUUCAACACACUCUCUAACUUCUCACCCACUGGAUGGGGACAAAACGCCACUAACCAUCACGUGCAUAAAAAUGUACUUGAAAAAUCAGCGCCUGAACGAAUUUUUUAACGAUACCAGACAGAAAAAUCAAAAGCUUAAGGUUGUUAACAAUGAAGAAAAAAUUGAAGAAAUAUGUCACAAGAAAAAAAUUAUUAAAAUGUACGAGCAUGUACUUGCUCAGGUGGACCAGAUGGAGAAGUCUACUUCGCCCCCGAGGCCCCCCAGGCGGAUAUGUAGCAUAACCGAGAUAAUUCGGGAGUACGAAGACGACAAGAGGAAGCUGCUUCACCAAAUUAACUUCAUCAAGGAGAUGUUCAACGAGGACUUCCGUGCGGUCAUGUCGCAGAUGGAGGAGCGAAUGGCGCAGAUGCACGAUGAAGUACUUUUUUUGAGGGAGGCCCUGCAGAAGGAGGAGGAGCCAUGCGGUAGAGCGGCGAAAGGUGAAGGAGUUGAUCCCCAGGAGGAAGGCGCUUGUCCCGCCUCUGCUCAGAUGGAAGCCUCCUCCCACGAGAUGUGUACCUCUUCCCAUUCCAAGCAAGUGAGCACGCCGGACGGGUCAGAGAAGGGACCAAGUUCCGUGCUGGACCACCUUGGGAAGUUUAUUUUCAAGAAGAAGAAAGGAACAACCGUGAAGAAAAUAAAAAGUAUCAAUUUUGACCGGACCUGCUUUGAAGCGAAAAACAAACAUUACAACAAAGAGAAGAUAGAAAGACGCUUGGAAAAAAUGAGAACAAAAUUUGCACAAGAAUUAAAGCUGCUGCAUAUGAAAAAGAUAGAAGCCAUUCGUAUAAUAAAAUUUAUUUCCCUCAAAAUUGUGGCUAUCGACGAAAAAAAUAGCAUAUUAAUGGAGCUGCGAAAGAGGGAGGUCAAGUUAAGGAAGCAAAGAAAAAUAUUUACAAAAGAAUUGAGCAUCCUGGAUAAUCAGAUGAAUACAUAUAUUCAGGACAUGCAAAUGUUGGUCUACGACAUGGAUUGUCACAAUGAACAAAAGGAUAAGAACCUCCAAAGGCUGAAAGAACUGAUGGGGGAAGACAGCCUUUGCUACAGGACGCUGAUAAAGGGGCUGCGUAAAAAUCAGGACGAGGCAUCGGACGAAAGUGACGGAGGAUACUCCAAGGGGGGGGCGCCACAAGACGCAGAAGAGGAAGAACAUGAUGAUGAUGAAACUGCAGCAAAGGAAUGUGCUGAACUCAGCCAAACACAGGAGAAUGAUCAGGUGGACCAUGUGGAGUGUCUGAAAAAAAAUGGAUUAAACAAAACAGAUCAAAUAGAUAAAAUAAAAAAAGAAAAUAUUUCCAUUUUGAACGGAAUAAGUAACAUAAAAAAAAAUAUAGAAUAUAAAAAAAAUGAACAAAGAAAAUUAUUGACCAAAAAAAAAAACAUCGAGAAGGAAAUCCACAUGUUAAAUGAAGAAAUGAAAAUUAUUGAAGAAGACAAAAAGAAAAAUAUUUCUCAAGUCAAAUUUUACAUUCUUGUAAAAAUUUCCAAACUAAGAAAUAUAGAUUAUGUGUAUGACAAAAAAAAGUACCGUUUAAAUUUGACCAGCAAUUGUGCCAUCAUCAGCAGAGACCAGUACAGAGACAUCAUGCAAAAAAUGGAAAAACUCAUGUGCAGGAAGGAAGAACUGAACAAAGUUUACACAACGUUAAAAAGGGAAAAUGCAGAAUUGGAACAUGUUAAUAAUAAGCUAUAUAAAAAUAUGAACGAUAAGAAAAAUGCCCUAAAAAAUAAAUUGAAAAAACAUGAUUUAAUUUUCGACUUUAAUGAUUUGGAAAAAAAAUAUCAAGAAAAAAAAAAAAAAGGAAUUAUACAGGAAAUUAAAAACACGGAAAUGGAAAAUAACAGAUAUAUGAAUUUGCUUCAUAAGGAACUCGGUCGAAAGAAUGCUCAACUGAAUGACGUCCGUAAAGAAAACACUCUCCUGCUGGAGAAAAUUAAUCAGUACAUUCAGGUGCUCAAGGGGAGGGCACCAUAG